AUGUCCCCCGGCAUGCAGGCACCGCAGAUCAUGCGAGCAGCGGAUCAGCGUUUGCUCAGCUCAGUCGAUGCAGUGAGAGAGACAUUCGGGCAGUGCUGUGCCCCGGCGCGGGCGGAUGCCGGCUAUCCGGCUCGCCGCGCCGCGGCGGCCACCCUCACACGGAGGCCGCAAGACAGCGCGUCGCCUUUGAUUAGGCUCGCGUACAAGCCAGGCUUCAGGGAGCGCAGCGACAGUCCCGGGGCCGCAUCCGCGCAGAUGCAGAGCGGCCACAGAGAAAACGGCACUGGAGAUGGCUGCCAGACAUGGCUCAGCUGA